UAUGUGAAAUUCGAGUGUUUGCAAAAGUCCAUCGCGGGACGCAAUCGCAGAGAGAAAGAGAGCUAGAAAUUCAGGGCUCCUGCUCCUGCACCUCUCCUGUCCCAAAGUCGGAAUUCGCUCCCUCCUCUCUUCCAGAAAUGCUCCGAAAAUCCAGCCACCAUCGCUGACAAAAUCGCGCGAACCAAACCGAACCACCCGCAGUCCGCGUGCCCUCCUCCACAGGACCACCGGUCCACCGCCGCCUCUCCUCGGCUCCUCCUCUCUGCUGCUGCGGCGGCCGUACCGUCGGUCGCCUGGACUGGACGGGUGCGGCAGCCACGUCUUCGUCUUCAUCGUGACCCACGGAGAGGAGAGAGGGAGAGGCCUGGUGGCUGGCGACAGGGAAGAAGACGUCUCACCUCGCCUCGCCUCGCCUCGUCGUCUUCUGCGGCGUCUGUUCUUCAAGCUCUCCCCCGUCACCCACCAGCAGCCCGCUGCCCGCCCCCCGAGGAGGACGCAGCGAUUGCCAUGAGAAGAUAACUUUGGUAGUGCCAAACAUCAGCCUCGGAAUUUCAGCAUGGGUUCGGGGAAUUUGGUAAUGAAGAAGGCGAUAAGGCCCAGCUCCUUUGAUCUGGACAUAAAAAUUGAUCAAAGUUGGAUGGAGGAUGUUGCUUGCCCAAUCUGUCUCGAUUUCCCCCACAAUGCAGUACUGCUUAGGUGCACCUCAUAUGAGAAGGGCUGCAGACCUUUCAUAUGUGACACUGACCAGACUCGCUCAAACUGUCUCGAGAGGUUCAAAGGCGCUCAUGGACUGCCAGCCAAUUUGAAAGUCUCAUCUCGUACUGUGGCUCCCCUUAAUAGCAUUCAUAUCAUUUCAUCAAAUGCGAAUAACCGCCCAGCUUGUCCGUUGUGUAGAGGUGAUGUGAUUGGGUGGUUUGUUAUUGAUGAGGCUCGCUUGCACCUUAACCAGAAGAGAAGAUGCUGUGAAGAGAGUCGCUGCUCGUAUGUUGGCAACUUCCAUGAGCUUCAGAAUCACACCCAACAAAAGCAUCCAAACUCACGCCCUUCUGAAAUUGAUCCUGCUCGCCGGGUCGAUUGGGAGAACUUGCAGCAGUCUUCUGACAUAAUAGAUGUCCUGAGCACAAUACAUGCACAAGUUCCAAACAGUGUAGUUCUUGGAGAUUAUGUCAUCGAGUAUGGGGAUGAUGAAGCGGGAGAUGACUAUGAAGUUUACCACAGGGUUAGAGCAAACUGGUGGACAUCCUGUAUUUUUUGCAAAGCAUUCUGUAGAUCUUCAGGAGGAGGUCGAAGAAGGACAAGAUCAAGGGAAAGGAGAAGUAGUGGAACAAGGAGCAGCAACAGAUCUAGUCAAGAAAGCUUUACUCUUGAAGUGCCCACAAGAUCUGUUGACAUGAGAGAAAUCAGAUUUGAUGAAAUUGAUGAUGAAUAUAUAGUUACAGGGGCCAUGGCUAGGGCUGCUGUGUCAAGGAGAAUGGCUGCUCAUUACAGGGAUCCCAGAUUUGGACGCCGCAUUCCUAGGAUCAUCAACUAAGGAAAGCUGUGCUGAUGUCAGAUGCAACAAAAAUCAGAACCGUUCUACCUCUGUUCAUUUCUAUUUCCUUUUCUUUUUUUGCCUUGAAAAUGAAAAGGAAGAAAUCACUUUACCCUGUGGGUGGUACUGGGGCAGCCCAAACUUGAUGUACAGAUAAGAUAGCAGUAAACUUUUUCUUACUGUUGAUUCGCUGCAGGUUUCACCAUUUUAGGUUCUUUGGUGUAAAUAUUUAGUUUCCUACUACCUUGUAGCAAUGCUGAAGAUCAGUUUCCUGUCUUGGAAAUCCUUGUAUCUCAAAUUGCUUCUCUGAAAUACAGCCAACUUUUAUAGCAAACGCCCGUAAGACGUUUCCAUGCUUGA